AUGGUGGAGAACCACUUACGCGCCACAGGAUUCUACCACGUGGCCAGAAUUGGAGUCAUAAGAGGAUUUCACCCCAUGUUAGCUGCUCUGGUUGAAAGGUGGAGGCCUGAAACCCAUAGCUUUGUAUUGCCAAUUGGUGAGGUUACAGUGACAUUAGAGGACGUCGCUCAUAUAUUCGGCCUACCCAUUGAUGGAGAGCCUGUCAGUGGAUGGACAGAUAGUAGCAGCGAGUUUGUUCAAAGUCAGGGCAUAGCGAUAUUCGGUCGUGAGCCAUCAGUCAGUCAUAAUGCGAAGUCCUAUAUCAAGUUGGCUUGGGUUCGACGUAUUAGAGAUGCAGAGCCGUUGGAUACUGAGGAGUCCAUCAGGAGAUACAUCCAUACUUACAGUUGGGGGUCAGCUUGUCUCGCUCAUCUUUACAGAGCACUAUGCCGUGCAUCACGAUAUGAUACUAAGGAGAUGGAUGGCCCUCUGAAUCUAUUGUUUGUUUGGGCAUGGGAGCGAAUGCCGUGUCUUGCUCCCGUACCGAGACAAACCCUUCCACCCGCCGAGAUACCAGUUGCCAGGAGGUGGAGUCAUUCGGAACGGACUACAGCGUGGUUAUCCAAGACCGUAGAGACAUUCAGGCAUGACAUAGACUACAUGGAAGAGGUAAAUAGUUAUAUUUUAGCUGUUCCGUUUUUCAAUCCAUUAUUGUUAGGGUUCUAA